AUGUCAAAAUUUAAAGAAAUUAAUAGAAAAAAACUAGUUGAUAACAAACCUACAACUUCUUUCGAUCCAAAUAGUACUCUUAGAAUUUUUCUUAUGUCUAUAAUUUUUCAUGUUGCUUUUCCUGUUGCACAUACUCAAAGACAUGAACAUUUAAAAGAGAAAACAUUCGCUUAUUCAAAUAUUUUUGAUCAAACAAGAAAUACAAUACAUGCAACGAAUAUUAAAGCUCAACAAUUUAUUUCUAACUUUCAUCAGGUUUUUGUCCCACCGACGCGCUGUCGAAAAAAUACUUUCAAAUACUUUCAAGAUUUUGAUUUACCCGAUAUACAUCAGCAAAUUAUACCAGCCAAUGUAGUUAUUUUAGAAGCUGGAAAUAAAUCAAUUUCAAAUGAAGGAAUAUUUGAAGCAUGUGAUAUGUUUUUACAAGAUUUUAAUUUAGAUAAUAAUAAAUAUAUGGAUAUUGUUUCCGAUGAAGCAAUAUUUCGAAGAACAAUACUUUAUCUUGAAAAUCAUGCAUACACUAGAAUAAUCCUGGGUCAAUGGCAUACAAGUAAGGACAUAUGUAGUGUUCUUAUUACAAUUUUUUCAGGAUUUGAUGAUAAUGUUGCACAUCAAGGUGAUCGGGCAGUAAAAUCUCGUAAAGAAAUUACUUGGAAUGUAAUAAAUCAACUUAUUAUAGCAUUUGAUAAUCUAAUGGAUAAUUCUCUUUUUGAAGAUAUUUCAGAAUUAUCUAAUAUGACCGCAGAAUAUACAUUUGAAGGACGGAACAGAUUAUUUAAUUUUGUUAUUCAAUAG